CUAAUUGUGAUAAUAUCUCUGUCCAUAUUUGAUCCGUAAAAUACGAUUUUGUGUCUUAUUAACUAACUACUACUUCUCAAAGCUUAUUAGCUCAGUAGCUUAGCAUCUGAGAAUAAAAAACCAGCGGCAGCAAUAAGCUUCUCUUUUUCUCUCAUUUUGUCCGAGUGUUAUGGCAUUGACUGCUUCUUUUGCGCCAUUCUCCAUUCCAGGAGGUGGCCAUGUCAAGGCAUCUCAGGAGCUAUGUUUAACAAAGCGUAAUUGUUCUGGGCUUGGAUCUGGGCCUGGACUCGGGCCUGGGCCUAAGCUCACUGCUCAGAGAAGAUCACACUCCGCUGUCAGCAGGAAUCGCAGGUCAUCUAUUUGUGCAGAAUACCGAGAAGGGGGAGGUGGAGGUGUGGAUUUUCUUGCCGGAUUUCUUACGGGAGGUGCAAUUCUUGGGACUGCAGCUUAUAUCUUUGCCCCCCAGAUCAGAAGAUCUCUACUAAAUGAGAACGAAUAUGGGUUUCGCAAGGCAAAAAGACCAAUGUAUUAUGACGGAAGAUUAGAGAGGACCAGGCAAACAUUGAACAGAAAGAUAACCCUUGUUGCUGGACUUAUAUUGUCAAAUUCUGAAUUGCGAACAUCAUAUAAGUGA